AUGCAGGGCGACGGCGAGGUGCUGUUCCUGGGCGGCGUCGGGGAGGUCGCCGUCACCCUCGGCCACGACGGCCUCUCCUUCCUGCCUCUCCACCCGGAAUUGGGUUCUUCAUGUUUGUCAUCUAUCGGAUUACUACCAAAAUUAGAGAAUAAAAUCAAGUUUUCGGAUGUUUAUGCUGUGGAGCUUCUUGAUGAAGGUCCUGUAUGUGGACCUUGGAAUACAAGAAUUGUCGCCCAAGGCAAGAAAAAUAGUGAGAUGCACCGCUUUGCCGUACAUGUAAUCACCAGAUCAAGAAAACACCCUUCUCAAUUGGUACCUUGUGAAUAUCUUUUUGGACACAAAGACCCGGAGACCUGCAAAAGCUGGGUUGAGCAUCUCAGUGCAUGCAUAAAUAAUGAACAGGACAGGCCCAAGAACCUGAUGGUGUUUGUCCAUCCACUUUGUGGAAAAGGUAGAGGUUGCAAAAAUUGGGAAAUGGUAGCUCCUUUAUUUGACCGGGCGAAAGUAAAUACAAAGGUGAUAAUCACGGAGAGAGCAGGACAUGCAUAUGACACCUUAGCAUCAAUAUCAGAUAAAGAGCUCAAGAAAUUUGACGGUGUUGUUGCAGUGGGUGGUGAUGGUUUAUUUAAUGAAAUCCUGAAUGGACUACUAAAUUCGAGGAAUAAGAUUUCUUAUCCUCCAACUCCAGAGGGCUUUGGAUAUUUUGGAAGCACUGAGAAAUGCCAAGGAUACAGGAACGAUGGGCUAAACAACAGUACGGCCACAUCAGAUGCUGUAAAUGUCAUGCUCCGUGUGGGUUCCAACAAAUCUGAUGAUCAUGAACCUCUUCUUUCGACUGGAAAAUCUGUUGUUGGAUUAGACAUCUCAUCAUUAAAUCCAAAUACAGAAUCAUCUACUGGAGAUCAAGUUCCUCCAGUCUUCUUCCCAAAUGAUUGGUUUAGGCUUGGCAUAAUUCCUUCUGGCUCAACAGAUGCUAUUGUACUCAGCACAACUGGGGAACGAGAUGCUGUGACUUCUGCCCUGCUUAUUAUCUUUGGUAGAAGGAUAGCGCUUGAUAUAGCUCAAGUAGUCAGGUGGAAGAGUAGCCCAUCAGCUGAGGUUUUACCUACUGUACGCUAUGCAGCUUCAUUUGCAGGAUAUGGAUUUUAUGGAGAAGUCAUAAGGGAGAGUGAAAACUACCGAUGGAUGGGCCCUGCACGUUAUGAUUUUUCUGGAACUAUGGUCUUCCUGAAGCACAGAUCUUAUGAUGCAAAAGUGGCUUUUCUUGAGAAUGAGAACUCUCAUUCAUUUGCUGCAUCAGCAGAGAAUGUUGCAGAUGAAGUACAACCACUGCAAUCUCGUAGAAAAAGAUCUCGCAAAACAAUUUGCCAAGCAAAUUGUUCUGUAUGCAAAGAAACUUCAACGCCUGGACAAAAUUCAGAAGAUGAGAUUCCAAACAGCUCUCAAACGAUUCAUAAUAACCCAAAAUGGAUCUGGUCCGAGGGGCGUUUUCUAAGUGUCGGUGCAGCUGUCAUUUCAUGUCGCAAUGAAAGAGCCCCUGAUGGCCUAGUGGCUGAAGCACACCUCUCAGAUGGUUUUCUACACCUUCUGCUCAUUAGAGAUUGCCCUCUUCCCUUAUAUUUGUGCCGUUCUAUCUGCAGGCAUCUGACACAAUUUACUAAGAAGGGGUCGGACCCUUUAACCUUCAAGUUUGUUGAACAUCAUAAGACACGAGCAUUUACCUUCAUCUCAUCACACGACGAAAGCGUAUGGAACUUGGAUGGCGAGCUUUUUCAGGCCUGCGAAGUGUCUGUCCAAGCUUGCCGGGGCCUUGUCAACCUCUUCGCGUCAGGGCCAGAGGUGUAG